AUGCCUACUUUACGACAGCGGUUGCCCACCCGCUACAGAUUUAUCAUCAACGUCGAGAAGGCUGCGCAGGUCACACUCGUUCAUAAUCCAAGGUUAUACGCGAAGGCCGAACGAGAUGGGAUGCAUAACUGGGUAGACAUCUUGGUUGACUACACGGUGGCGAAGGUAAGCCGUGAGGUGCCCAUUCCUGAACUGUUUGCUGGGAACGCAUGGAUUGGAAGUGGCCACAGCAGUCUCUGCUGGAUUCUUCCCAUGAGGAUGCUACCACAGUAUUGCACACCAGAGGAUGAGUGGCAACUGCGGAAGUUCCAGAAGAUGGUUGGCCUGGGCGGGAAUCCUGUCAUCAUGGUGUCUUGCAAUGGAGUGGAACCUGCACGCUACAAGACCAUGGAGACGCCGGAAUUCCUCAUUGAGUGGUCUCUCCUCUCUUUCACGGAGCACUGUAUGUCGGGAGAGUUGACAGUGGAGAAGUUGUUGGCCUCCUACCAUGGCCUCGAAAUGCCCGAUGUCCAGAGCUUGUCGCUGGAGGAUGCGUCUAAGCCCCUUGUAACUGCAAAGAUGGAGAAGACUGAUGAUGAGAAAUCCUAA